UCUUCUUCUUCUUCCAGCAGCCGAGUAGCCGACCCAUUUAAAAGGGAGGCUCGAGUCGAUUGCACAUGGCCCAAGAUCCACAGCACAACUCCCCCCCACCCCACCAACGAACCACUCCCAGUCCCAGUCUCCCACUGCCGCCCCGCCUCCUUCUCAUCCCUCUCUCCCUAAAUGGCGGCACCCAAGCCGCCCUCUCCGCCGCACGACUCCGGGUGCCCCGCGGGUGCGGGGGACUCCACCAGCUCCCAGCUGGCCGCCACCUACCUCGGCGUCAGCUUCGCGCUCUUCCUCGCCACGCUCCCUUCGGGCACCGCCGCCCGCCACGUGGCCUCGCUCCAGUCGAGGGGCCGCAUCCUCGCGUCGCGCCUGCUGGCCGCAGAGGACCAGCUGCGGCAGCUCCGCGCGCGCCGCCGCGAGGACGCCCGCGCCAACGCCCGCGCCGCUGAGAUCUUCGCGGGCCACCGCGCCGCCUGGAUGGAGGCAGAGCGCCGCCUCCUGGCCCGCGCCCAAGCCGCCGGGGAUGAGGCCGCCUCCCUCCGCGCGCGCCUCGCCGACGCCGAGGCCGACGCCGCCGCGCUGCGCGCCCGCGCUGAGCGACUCGAGCGCGAGGCCGCCGAGCGGGACGAGCUGCUCACCGCGCUCCUCGCGGCCACCUCACGCGCCGGGGACUCCGGCGGUGGCGGCGGGUCCCUGCUCCGCGCCCGCGACGGGGAGGAGGACGAGGAGCGGGCGCGCCACGACGGGCUUGGGGAGCAGGAGCAGGAGCAGGAGCUGGACCCGCUGCCCGCGCCACGGUUGGACCACGCCGCUGACACCACCGACGCCGAGGCCCUCGCCGCCGCCGCCGCGCUCUACGCUCAGCAGCGCCAGAAGCACGACGACGACUUCUACACGGCGGCCACGGCCGCGUCGGGAAUGCCGCCGUGGAUGGAGAUGGACCGAUCAAAAGGCUGGCAGGACCUGAAGUAUGAUACAGUUGAGUCAACGUACAAUACAAAGCAUUCUGUACCGAGGAGAGAAUCACCCUGGAAAGUGGAUGUAGAAUCAUCAGGAGUUCCAGCAAAACUUAGGUUGCUGGAGCAGGAAUUAAUUAACCUGGAAAAGGUAGUGAAUGGAGAUGUGUCCAAGAUUCCAUUGGUGAUGAGAAAACAAGUGAAAAGAUAUCAAACACUAGCUGGGAAAAUUGAUGAUCUUUGCAAACGAAUGCAAACAAGCGACCCCUGUGAUUCAACACUAAACUCAGAGUUCAGAACACAGCGGCAAACAGAAUUCUUGCUGGAAGCAUUUCACCUUCAGCAUCGUGCAACUGAAACAAGGCAGAAGCUCAGCACACUGCAAGCAGAGACUGCAAAAGGCAGCUUUGGAGAUGAGCUAACAGCAGAAGCUAAAAUGUGCACAAGAAGAGCACUAAGUUCAAUAAGGAAUAAUUUCAAGGAAAUCCAGCGAAGCUUGGAGAUUUGGCUGGCAAGAAUUCUUGGAGACCUCGAGGGCAUGCUAGCGAGGGAUGGGGCCUCACGCAUUAGGGAGUACUUUCUGUCUCCAUACGCAUCUGCUGUUCGGUGAGUGCUGGUGUCAUGGAAUGCAGGAAUGGUCAUGUUCCUUCGAUCACUACUAUAUAGUGUCUGCAUGAACACCCUGAAGAAUCCAUGGAUACACGACCAGCAGGUAAAAUGUCAUAACCAAGGUCAUGCUCACCUGUGCACCCUCCCUUGGUCUUUUUAUGGACAUCCUUGCAAGCUUUAGCAAAAUUGAAGAGAACUGAUCUGGGAUCCUACCAGAUUUUACAGGCAGAACAAAUGUAGAAAUUAGAAGCAUAUCCCCUCUGCCAGGGGCAUAAAAUUUUGACACCAAAUCUGAUCAAGUUCUAGAUCACUCCUCUUCAUAUUUGUCUAAUUUAUGUGAAGGCUUGCAUUUAGGCAAGGUUGCAUCAAAGUGAAGCUGUCAGUGUAUGCUGCUGCUCGUGUUUUUAGCAGGUUGAUGGCCUUGCCAGCAGCCUCAAUUCAGCGUCAAAUCAGGUUGAACAUAAGCAUAGUUCUGUUUGUAGGUGUUAUCGCAUUAUCUAUCUGUUCUCCAUCCUGUUAGGAUUGUACAGUUUUGUGCUUAUGGUUGUGAUGGAUUCUCCUAACUGUAUCUAGAACAGAGUCCUUGGAUGUGCUAAACUGUAUGUUCGUCAGUUAUGUUUUGUAUGUAUGUUAAUUUCAGCUGUUGAGAAAA